AGUGCCCCUGAAGGAGGGGGUGGGGGCACACCCCCCCCCCCAAGUCCUGAGUCCUGGGACAGGCUCUGGUCCCGUGGGUUGACACCUGGAAAAGAAAUCGGGAUACCUUGGAACAAGAUGAUCCCUGUGGCCGAGUUCAAGCAAUUCACGGAACAGCAGCCUGCGUUCAAGGUGCUCAAGCCCUGGUGGGACGUGCUGGCGGAGUACCUCACGGUGGCCAUGCUCAUGAUCGGGGUCUUCGGCUGCACGCUGCAGGUGACACAGGACAAGAUCAUCUGUCUGCCCAGUCAUGAACCCCGGGAGAACUUCUCAGAGGCCCCAUGCCAGCAGCUGUUACCUCGGGGGGUCUCCGAACACAUGGGGGGCCUCCGGGAGCUGAGUGGCCUCAAGAACAACUUGGACCUGCAGCAGUACAGCUUUAUUAACCAGCUGUGCUAUGAGACAGCCCUGCACUGGUAUGCCAAGUACUUCCCCUACCUGGUCGUCAUCCACACGCUCAUCUUCAUGGUGUGCACCAGCUUCUGGUUCAAGUUCCCUGGCACUAGCUCCAAGAUUGAGCACUUCAUCUCCAUCCUGGGCAAGUGUUUCGACUCGCCGUGGACCACUCGGGCCCUGUCUGAGGUCUCCGGAGAGAACCAGAAAGGCCCAGCCACUGGGCGGGCCACAGUAAUCACGGUGGCUGCAGCAGGGACCGGGUCUGGGAAGGCAAGUGAGGGUGAGAAGGAAAAAGUGUUAGCAGAACCCGAGAAGGUGGUCACUGAGCCUCCAGCUGUCACCCUGCUGGACAAGAAGGAGGGUGAACAAGCCAAAGCCCUGUUUGAGAAGGUCAAGAAGUUCCGGGUGCACGUGGAAGAGGGGGACAUCCUCUACACCAUGUACAUCCGGCAGACGGUACUCAAAGUAUGCAAGUUCUUGGCCAUCCUGGUCUACAACCUGAUCUACGUGGAGAAGAUCAGCUUCCUGGUGGCCUGCAAGGUGGAGACCUCAGAGGUCACUGGCUAUGCCAGCUUCUGCUGUAACCACACAAAAGCCCAUCUCUUCUCCAAGCUGGCCUUCUGCUACAUCUCCUUCGUGUGCGUCUACGGGAUCACCUGCCUGUACACGCUCUACUGGCUGUUCCACCGGCCGCUCAAGGAGUACUCCUUCCGAUCUGUGCGUGAGGAGACGGGCAUGAGCGACAUCCCCGACGUCAGGAACGACUUUGCCUUCAUGCUGCACCUCAUUGAUGAGUAUGACUCCCUCUACUCAAAGCGCUUCGCUGUCUUCCUCUCCGAGGUCAGCGAAAGCCGCCUGAAGCAGCUCAACCUCAACCAUGAGUGGACACCAGAGAAACUGAGGCAGAAGCUGCAGCGCAACUCUCAGGGCCGGCUGGAGCUGGCUCUCUGCAUGCUGCCUGGACUGCCUGACACUGUCUUUGAGCUGAGCGAAGUGGAGGCCCUCAGGCUGGAGGCCAUCUGUGAUAUCGCCUUCCCCCCAGGACUGUCGCAGCUCGUGAACCUUCAGGAGCUCAGCUUGCUGCAUUCCCCGGCCAGGCUGCCCUUCUCUUCCCAGAUCUUCCUACGGGACCGCCUGAAAGUGAUCCGGGUCAAAUGCGAGGAGCUCCGUGAGGUGCCCCUCUGGGUGUUUGGGCUUCGGGGCUUGGAGGAGCUGCACCUAGAGGGGCUUUUUCCUCCAGAGCUGGCUCGGGCUGCUUCGCUCGAGAGCCUCCGGGAGCUGAAGCAGCUCAAAGUGCUGUCCCUGCGCAGCAAUGCCGGGAAGGUGCCAGCUAGCGUGACCGACGUGGCAGGGCACCUGCAGCGGCUCAGCCUGCACAAUGACGGGGCGCGCCUGCUUGCCCUCAACAGCCUCAAGAAGUUGGCAGUCCUUCGGGAGCUGGAGCUGGUAGCCUGUGGGCUGGAGCGCAUCCCCCAUGCCAUCUUUAGUCUAGGUGCACUGCAAGAACUUGACCUCAAAGACAACCACCUCCGGUCCAUUGAGGAGAUCCUCAGUUUCCAGCACUGCCGGAAGCUGGUCACGCUCAGGCUGUGGCACAACCAGAUUGCCUAUGUCCCAGAGCAUGUGCGGAAGCUCAGGGGCCUUGAGCAGCUCUACCUGAGCCAUAACAAGCUGGAGAUGCUGCCCAGCCAGCUCGGCCUGUGCUUCAGCCUCCGACUGCUGGACGUGUCCCACAACGGGCUGCAUUCCCUGCCACCCGAGGUGGGCCUCCUCCAGAACUUGCAGCACCUGGCUCUCUCCUACAAUGCCCUUGAAGCCUUGCCAGACGAGCUGUUCUGCUGCCUCAAGCUUCGGACAUUGCUCCUGGGCUAUAACCACCUCUGCCACCUCUCACCCCUUGUGGCAGCCCUCAGGGCCCUCAGCCGCCUGGAGCUCAAGGGCAACAGGUUAGAGGUGCUGCCAGAUGAACUGGGAAGCUGCCCAGGACUGAAGAAGGCAGGGCUGGUGGUGGAGGACACCCUCUACGAAGGGCUGCCCGCUGAAGUUCGAGAGAGGAUGGAGGAGGAAUGAAGUCGGGGAGCAGGCUGAAGAAGAGGACUUCGGAUGCUUCCACCCCGCCAAGGGGCUCCACCAGGAGAGGAGGAGUGAAUGUGUCAGCUUUGUGGGGUUCAGACUAGAUCCUGAGACUGGUUUGUCCAGGGAGAGACAGGAAGCUGUGGAUUUGGGGUGGAACUAUGUGGAAAUACUAACACAGCCAUAGAACCCUCAGAUCAAAGCCACACCUGUCUUUGGCUGGCUGGCCUGCCCGCCCUCCAGGCAUUCCAGCUCCAUUAGUGUUGUGGAUGGCGGUGGGACCACAUCCCACCAACCAAGCAGCCCACAUGUGGUUCUCUCCCAAGGAGAGGACACAGACAGAAAGGACAGGGGUUCCCACUCCUCCAUCCCCACUUGGAUGCUUUUUUCUGACUUAGAAGUAGUUUGCUGCAGAUCCCUGUACUUAUGAUUGGCUGUUCACCGAAAUCCACUGAGGAGCGAGGGCAGAACAAAACAUCCGACCCCACCCCUAAAAGACUGACUCAGGAGCUUUGGAUGGUGGCCAGGAACCCGAUUGUAAAUAAGCAUGCCCAAUAACUCAUGAUGGGUCUUAGGACCACAUGAUGGCAGUGGCUGCCCUAAAGAGCACGAGUACCUGAAAGUCUAGAUUCUGAGCCCCUUUAGACUUUGAGAAUCUGAUGGAAGCUGGGCACCUCCUCCUUCGGUAAAAUGUUCAUGCACCAUACACACAAAACCUGCAGACCACUUCCAGGUGGUCCACAGGGCUAGCCAUGGGCUUCCUAAGGUUGGCUGACUCCAGGUUAAGAACACCUGUCCCGUAGAGUACGUUUUUCUGGAGACAGUGCAGGGCUGUUGUCUUUUGGGUGUUCCCUGUGUGAGGGAACAUACAGCAGUGGGCGCUCAAUAAAUAAUUAUGGGGUCGGGGAUAUAACUCAGCGGCAUAAGUGCCUGCCUGGCAAGUGCAAGGUCCUGAGUUCGAUCCUUGG